CCGCACUGAGGCUGGCUGGCUCACUCGGACAGGUGGGUGGGGAAAUCAGAUUUGCCAUGGAGAAGAUCUCCGUGUCAGCAUUCUUGCUCCUUGUCGCCCUCUCUUACACCCUGGCCAAAGACAUCACAGCAAAAUCAGGGGCUAAGAAAGACACCAAGGACUCUGGACCCAAACUGCCCCAGACCCUCUCCAGAGGUUGGGGUGAUCAACUCAUCUGGACUCAGACCUACGAAGAAGCUUUAUACAAAUCCAAGACAAGCAACAAGCCCUUAAUGAUUAUUCAUCACUUGGAUGAAUGCCCACACAGUCAAGCUUUAAAGAAAGUGUUUGCUGAAAAUAAAGAAAUCCAGAAAUUGGCAGAGCAGUUUGUCCUCCUCAACCUAGUUUAUGAAACAACUGACAAACACCUUUCUCCUGAUGGCCAAUAUGUCCCCAGGAUCAUGUUUGUUGACCCAUCCCUGACAGUUAGAGCUGACAUCACUGGAAGAUACUCGAAUCGUCUCUAUGCUUAUGAACCUUCAGAUGUAGCUCUACUGCUCGACAACAUGAAGAAAGCUCUCAAGUUGCUGAAGACUGAAUUGUAGAGAAAAAACAUCUGCAAGCUUUUCCCUCUGUAUCCGGCCCUGAGACUUAGAACCAGAGGAGAUCCUAGAAGACACUGGAGAAUGCAGGCACACUGAUGGACAUGCUGAUUAGAUUAUGGUUAUUGUUACAACAGCUAUUUUUUAAAAAAUCUGGUUUCAAGUAUACAUGUAUGAAAACAAUAUUGCAUACUACCAGAGUAAGCCAUGCUUCUU